CAGGGAUUCCGAAGGGUGGAUCAUUGGGGUGUGGACGAGGGGAAUGUGUUUUCGCACUGGCUGUGUGAUCACUCUGUAUGAGGCUCCCGAUCCCACCAAGUGUCAUCCUGUCGGCCUUAUGUACUUUCCGCCUCCCUUGGUGUCUUUUUUCUCGCCGGCGUCUCAGAUGGUUUCCACCAGCAUGGCCUGCCGGCCCUGUUCUAGCCUUCGUAUUCACACCUCUCUUUCUUGGGGGUAUAAACAUAUUAUUAUAUUGCGAAAUUGGGUCGCGCAAAGCACUGAUCGAACCACACUUAGAUUUCGUCAACACAGGAUGCCAGCAUCUUUCUCUGAACAUGGGGACUUAUCAGGCGCAUUUGAUUUCGGGGUUUGAACUCGUAGGACUGGCAGGGCAUAUUUACAUCGUGGCGGCUUCUGUUGUCGGUUUCUAUCAAUCCUUUGCUCAAUGGUCAUCCAUACAAGGCUGGACUCUGACGAUGGGCUAUUAUCUGGCUGUUAGCAUAGACGGUAAUAAACGGCCAAACCGUCCCUUUUGUCGUCGCUUAGGAGCUGCACUCGAACAUCGUACAUGGGCUGCGCCAAUACACAAUCCGAAUGAUUCAACAAGCGAAUUCAUGUAUACAUGUACAGGGAGUGGUCCUAUCGCUACGGACAGAGGUGAUGAUUAUCGACCGGUCGUUCUGGUCCGAAUUCUCCCCUUUGUGAGAUCGAACAACGCUAUUUGAUUCUGAGGGACUCCCAAGCUCCCAACAAGGAUUUGAUCCCUUCAUCGCUGGGCAAUGCAUAACAGGAACAGAAGAAUUGCACGUCAUAUGCCGUGCGGUCACGGGGAAUCAAUAAUCUUGACAAAUAGGAAGUAUCUUAAUCAGACAAAGCGUAUGCAGGAGUUCCGUUUCGUAAAUGCGUACAUCACCAUCGAGCAGCCCUGUCGGGGCCA